UGGUGAGUAUUUGUCCUUAAAUAAAUUCAUUAUGAAAACUUUAAAACAUAUUCAUAGAUGUUUUGGUUAAAUGUGAUAUGACAAUUCAUGCAUCAUGAUACAAACUAUUUUAAUUUAUCUAGAUACUUAAUAUAUAUGUAAACAAACAUAAUCUGGAAUUUUCGAGUUACUAACUCGAAAUUUCGACUUGAUAACUCGUAAUUUAAUCUAAAUUCAAGAUACUUUCUUUCAUGUUAAUCGGAUGUAUGUUGUGUCUAAAACACACAUACAACCAUCAGGUGGAGAAACGUACAAGUCAAAAACCCACCAUAGUGUACACUGUGCAAUAUUAAAGUGUAAAGAAAGUUUUAAGUGGCGUGUAUACGCCAGUUAGUCUUUGACGUUUCUUUAUACUUAUUAUAUUUUUUGUAAUAUUUUUAAAAGAUAUGUGUCCAUUCAAGUUUUAUUACAUCUGAUCCCUUUAAAAAUUCAAGUUCAGUACGCCAUUUGUGGAUGUUGAUUGAAUUUGACAAAAUUCAGGUUCAAAUGAUGAAUUCUGCUAAAGCCGAUGCGAUUGCAUCAUAAUGUUUACAAUAAAUUAUAUUACUUUUUAAGGUUUCGCUCGUAUUUGUGUGUAAAUAAAGUGAUCAGCGAACCAUGAAUCAUAAUACAUAUCCAUAUAAAUUUACACCUGUGAAAGUCUAUGCAUUUCUUAAGAAAAUGUUUAAUAAACGAAAGUAAAUAUGUAUGGAACGUAUCAAUUAAUAACUAAUACAAUUUUACUGUAGUUUUUCAUGCAGAUCUAAAAUAAUUGGCCUCCAUUGACUUAGUUUAGCAUAGAAAUAAUGAAUGUUAAACAAUUUAGAAAAAUCGCAUGCAUUUUGCCCAUUGCAUGUUUUAUUACUAUUGUAAGGGUAUGUCUACACAGUAAGACAAUGGGUGUUCAACGGAUUAAGUUAAAAGGUAAUUGCUCUACAUAUUCUCAACAAGUGCACCUCGAAAAUAAAACGAUGUUAGAUCCAUUAUACUGCACAAGAAUGCAAUUGCAAAAUUAUCAAUUAUGUGACAAAGCCGUGUAUGACUUACGGAUAAUUGUUAUUGUGUAUAAUAGGUAUCAAUCGCUUCUUAGAUUACUUGAUUCUUUAAAUGCCGCGUCCUACAAUGGAGAUGAUGUAAAGUUGGAAGUCUGGAUAGACAGAUCAGUGAACGAUAGUUUGGAUGAAUUAACAGUUAAAGCAGCAAAAUCAUUCAUAUUCUUGCAUGGAAAAUAUCAAGUUAUUCCCCAUGUUCAGCAUGCUGGUAUUUUCGGACAAUGGAUUUCUACCUGGAGGCCAGAAAAAGAAAAUUCUGAGAUUGCAGUUCUACUGGAAGAUGAUCUCACAGUUUCAAAGUUUUUUUAUAGGUAUCUUAAGCUCGUUCAUAAAAAGUACGAUGCAUACCCGUAUAUAAAUGGUUAUACUUUACAAAGACUUUCUAUGGUGCAUCAUAUAAAAGAAAAUACGCCACCCCCUUUGGAAUCCAAGGAAAGUGUGUUUUUGUAUCCUGUUAUUGGAUCGUGGGGUUUUUCACCCAGUAGGGAUAAUUGGGUUCAUUUUCAAAACUGGUUCAAAACAGUUUGCGAUAAUAAAACAUUAAGUCUGUAUAUACCAAACAAUAAAAUAAGCAUGUGGUAUACUGGAAGGGAACAACGAAGCGAUGAAGUGUGGACAGUUUGGCAUAUGUACCAUGCAUAUAUCAACUCGGAGUACACACUUUAUACAAAUAUUCCAGGACAUCUUGGGUUAUCAACCAACUGGCGAGAAAAAGGUUUACAUUACAAAUCGCACUUUGGAAAAACAAAUAAACUACUUCAAAAUUGGUUAGACGACUUUGAAAACCUUCCAGCAAAGCCUUCAAUGGUUGAUUUAUCAGGACAAAUCUUACAUUAACAUUUUUGGCUUUAUUGUUCUGGACAUAAUUAACAUGAUCAUUUUAAAUAGUGUCUUUCAAAUAACAUUUACUGGUCGAAGCACUAAAAAUCUUGUGAAAUGCAUUUAAGAAGACAAUUUGUUAAUUAGGUAAUAUAAAGAAACAAACAAAAGCAUGUUUUUAAACUUGAUACUCCUCAUACAUAUCUAGCUUUUUUAAAUCACAUGCCUUUUGUAUUAUAACAUUACUUUUUACCAUUAAAUUAUAUUUGUAAAUA